CUCUUCUUUUCUCUUCUGCUUCUUCUACUUCUCUCUCUCUAUAUAUAUUUAAGAUAGAAUAUGAAGUGGCCCCUGGCCCUGGCCGUAGCCCCGGCCGUGACCCUUCUACUCCCCCUCGUGGCCGCCCUGGACGACUUCACCGUCGACGGCACCAUCACCGCCACCCACGCAGACCAUGAGUUCCCUACAGCCGACUAUGCCUCAUCUUCCUCAACCAAGACACUAUCCCACGAAGAGGCCAACAAUUCAGCGCCCACGGUGGUCGAUCCCGUCCCUCCCGGGUCCGACAAUGCCUCCACAGUCACGUCCGUCUCCGACUCGGUGACGAUGACGAUGCUCGUCGGUGGCCAGCACACCAAGCUCCUCACCAAUGUCACCGCCAAUUCCACUCGCACGCCGACUCCCUCCCCUUCCGCCUCCCCGAUCAUUAAUACCCAGCCUUGCAACGGCCAUCCCGAGUUCUGUUCCCGCAAGUACUCCAACGUCUCCAUAAUCGCCGCCCACAAUAGCCCCUUUGUCAAACCCGGUAAUGUCGCUGCCAACCAGGCGCUGGAUGUUGAGAGUCAGCUGGACGAUGGGAUACGCAUGCUCCAAUUCCAAACCCACCUGGUCAACAACACCAUCUACCUAUGUCACACCAACUGCGACAUCUUCAACGUCGGCCCGCUAGAGAACUACCUCGCCCGCGUCGCCCAAUGGGUCCGCACCCACCCCUACGACAUCGUGACCAUCAUGAUCGGCAACCCAGACUACAUCCCCCCUGGGAAAUUCGUCGACCCUGUCAAGCGCUCUGGUCUCAUGGACCUGGUCUUCACCCCGUCCAAGAUCCCCAUGACCCGCGAGGACUGGCCCACCCUGUCCGGCAUCAUCUUCUCCGGAAAGCGCGUCGUCGUCUUCAUGGACUACGAGGCGAAUCAGACUGCUUACCCGUGGCUUAUCGAGGAAUUCGCCCACGUCUGGGAAACGCCUUUCUCGCCUACGGAUCCGACCUUCCCUUGUAUUCUCCAGCGUCCUCCGGGUCUGUCGCCCCAGGAUAUGGAUGCCCGGCUGUACAUGGCUAAUCAUAACCUUAACCUAAACGUCAACCUAGCUAGUCUCAACCUACUCAUUCCCAACACCGCCUCCCUGGUCGAGACCAACGCGGUGUCGGGUCCGAGUAGUCUCGGGUUAAUGGCCAACCAAUGUACCACCCAAUGGCACUACCCGCCCAACUUCCUCCUUGUGGAUUACUACAACUACGGCAAGCCCAACGGGUCCGUCUUUAAGGUCGCCGCCCGAUUGAACAACGUGACGUACGACGGACACUGCUGCGGGAAGACCUCGGCGGCGGGGAGUCUACAGCCGGGGAGUCUCCAUAUUCUACUUGGGCUCAUUCUUCUCGUCUUGCUUUAGCGAACGGUAGAGAUCAACGUGAUGAGAUACGAUAUAUGCUUCGAACGAACCACGAACAAACCACGAAUGAACUACGAAUGAACUACGCUAUGAACUAACGAACUUAUACAAACAAUGUUUUUUAUAAGUUAACGUUACACUGUACACUAGAUUAACGUUGUCAUGAAUCUAUAAAUAUAGGGUCCUUUUGCAGGUUGUC